UUUUCUGUCACGUUUUAAUCAGACUUUGCACUACGUGUCACGUGUCACUACAGCCGUCAUAACCGGAAGUGCAAGUGGGAAGGUGAAUGCAGCUACAACAUGGCUCGUAGUUUGCUCUGCAGAGGUUUCGAUGGGUUGCAACUCUGUAGGAAAACCUUGCUGGUCUCCGCUACUCGGUUCUGCUCUCAGUCAGAACCGGAGCCGCUGAUCGUGAGACAACAAAACAAUGGAAUCAGGAGACUAAUAUUGAACAAUCCCAAGAAGAGGAAUGCUCUGUCGUUGUCCAUGCUGGAGUCUCUCAGAGAGAACAUCCUGACUGAUGUGGACAGCGACGAUCUCAGAGUUAUCGUCAUAUCAGCCAAAGGUCCAGUGUUUUCAUCCGGACACGACCUGAAGGAGCUGACGUCAGUUCAGGGCAGAGACCAUCACACAAAGGUUUUUCACACCUGUUCAGAGGUGAUGACUCUGAUCCAAGACAUACCAGUUCCAGUGAUCGCCAUGGUAAACGGCGUCGCCACGGCGGCCGGUUGCCAGCUGGUGGCCAGCUGUGACAUUGCCGUGGCGACAGAGAAGUCCACCUUCGCCACUCCUGGUGUCAACGUGGGACUGUUCUGCUCCACGCCGGCGGUGGCCAUUGGCAGGGCGGUGCCAAGGAAGGUCGCCAUGGAGAUGCUGUUAACAGGAAAUCCCAUCUCAGCCCACAACGCCCUGCUCCACGGUCUGAUCAGUAAGGUGGUGGCAGAGGAGCGCUUGGAGGAGGAGACGUUAGCCAUAGCCCGGCGGGUGUGUCAGGCCAGUCGGCCCGUUGUCGCUCUGGGGAAGGCUACUUUCCAGCGACAAAUGGCUCAAGGCAGAGAUAAGGCCUACGCCACCGCCUCCGCGGUGAUGGUGGACAACCUGGCCCUGAGGGACGGGCAGGAGGGGAUCCGGGCGUUCAUAGAGAAACGCAAGCCGGUGUGGAGCCACAGGGCAGAAAAGGCGCACUAACUGACCACGGUGACUAAUCGUCCACUCACUGUUGUGGAGUAAUUUGCACCAAUUAUGGUGAGGAGACAAACUGUACUGCUAGUGAACUGUAAUUUGUACUUUUUUGGGGGGGAGGAUGCCAAAGAGUGAGAGAGAUACCAUCCAUUUCACUGGACCAAGCAAAGCUGAUGAGUUGUGUGCCUCAGAACCUGCUGUUGGGUGAUAAAGCAAAAAAAAAGCUCAAGGCGAUGCACAAUAUUCCUGAGAUUUUACUUUUAAGCUGGAUCUGACCUUUUGUUGAGAGAACUGAAAAUGUUAGCCGAGGCUAAAGAGAAUUUCCCCCCAUACAGCUUCCAUGUUGUACGUUUCCUUACGUAAUUUAGUUUAAAUUAAACAGCGAGAACAUGCAGCAGUUCACAGCGUGCUGUUAUGGAAGUCAAGAAAUAUACAAGGUUUCCACGUCCGAUUUCACAAAACCUGAUAAAAUGAAGUUGUCUUAGAACUGAGCCUCUAUUUCAUACAUGUGGAGGGAAACAAUCUCUGCACUUAGUAAGAUUUGUUACAAAAGCAUUUAAAAUGGACUAGACAGCCAGAAGGUCCUCUGCAAACUUUUUAUAGAAUUUUAACGUGAGUUGAAAUGAGGCCUUAAAUACUCAGACAUUACAUCAGAUUAUAGUUUUGUCCCAUGAAGCACAAUUAUGUCGUGGGUUGAUGGGAAAUUAUAUAUAUAUGUAUAUGAAAUGCCAAGAAUGUGUAUUAAUCUUUAGAGAACUGUCAGGCAUCAAAGCUUUUGAAAAUUCUACGCUUGAAACAUUUUUCUAUCAUGUAUUUCUCCACAUCUUGCAAUAAACUGU